AUUAAGAAAAUUGCAGCUGCCUCUGUUAUUUUAAUAACGAAGAAGAGAAAAAAUGUUGAGCUAAAAAACAACAAGAGAAGGAUGUGGGUUAGAAGCUGGAUUUCAAGAAGACAGGAUAGUGGUUUUUUUGCUCAAUUGGUGAAAGAAUUACACAGCGAAGACAUGAUUUCAUACGCUAACUUUUUACACAUGAGUAGUAAGGACUAUGAAUACUUGCUUCAAAAAGUUGAACCAUUGAUUAGAAAACAAGAUACUCAUCUUAGGCUAGCUAUUUCACCUUCAGAACGGCUCAUGCUUACUUUACGGUUUAGCAACAGGAGAUAGCUAUCAUUCCCUGUAAUACCUUUUUCGGAUUCCAGUCACAACCAUUUCAAGGAUUAUACCUGAAGUUUGUGAAGCGAUAUUUACUGUGCUGAAAACGGAUUAUCUCCAGGUAAGUCAUUUUCGUAAAACUGCGUGAUUGGAGGAAG